CAUUGUGAGUGGAAGCAUUACUCAUUUGCUUCCAACGUGUAUAAGCAAGUAAAAUCCAAUUCAAAAAAACUCAAACUAACUGAUUGUGGGAGCCAAAUUAUAUUUGUUAAAUAUAAUGCAACAUAUGAGGAGGUAAUAGAGAAGCUUACAGAUAAAUAUUACCCCUGUGGCAGAAGCAAGAAAGGGUCUUUACAUAAAAUGACACUGAGCUUGGGAUCUUUCACUGAAACAAUAAACAGAGAAAAUUUUUCAGCGUUACAAUUCUACAACGAACGUAAAACUUCAGAAGCAAGGAUUUACCUGUUGUCUAAGGAAAAGAUACAUGACAUGCUUGCCAUAACCGAUUCCGAUUCUGAUGAAUUGGAAAGUUUAGGAUUUCCCGGAAACAUGUCCCCACCAGAGCCUGAAAUAAUACUAGGAGUUGGAAAGCCUAUGACAUCUCCAGCCAUGAAUGUUCCUUUUAGAUCAUCAACACUAGGAACACCGAACAUUGCAACUCCUCAGGCAAUUGUUUCUAGUAGAACACCUACACUAGGAACACCCACACUAGGAACACCCACACUAGGAACAUCAAUAGGAGCUUUUGGUGGAACACCAAUAGGUGCUACUGAUACAAACAAACCUAUUGUAUUUCAUGCUGAUACACCUACAGUUACAUUCUCAUAUGACAGACGCUGUCAGAUCUGUGUGGACCGGGAAAGGGAUGCCUACCUGUCACCUUGUGGUCACACAUUUUGUCUUGUCUGUGCAUUGCAAGUUGAAAAUAUGGGGCAAAACUGUCCAUCCUGUAGGGGGGAAAUUGACAAAGUGUGUUCCAUGUUUCUAUAAGUUGUUAUUCAUGUUGAUAGAUUGUACUUUUUUGUAAUAGGAGUGUAAAUGUAAAAUGAUAUUAUGUUUGCAAGUAUUAGACAAAUAUAUAUGCUGGUUCAAAGAAUGAGGUAGAAAGAUGUAAGCAAAUGUUUUUUUUUUCUUUUCAAAGUGUGAAAAAGCAUUAAAUAAUGUUAUUUAAUGAACUGAAGUAUAUUAAGGUAAAAAAUUACUUAUUUUUACUUCAUCUACAAUUUAGGUAUGUGAAAUGUUAAAAAAACUUCCUUUUCACGAAAUUCAGUAUUAAUGACUAUUCGGGGACUAUUCUUUUAAUCACAAAAUUUAUGUUAAUAGAAAAUUGUCGGAAAUUGUAGUCAGUGUGUAGUGUCCAUAACCAUCCGAAUUCUUGUAAAAAAGUGUAUUUUAAAGAUUUGUCUUUUCAGAAAUUCAUUUUUUAAUCAUUCCUGAAGUGAACAGCACUUCUUCUGUUUAGAUAUGUUUAAAGUUUUACUUCAGAUUUGAAAUUACUUAAUUUGUCCUGUCAAUGUCAAUAUGUCUUGUU